AUGCAACACAGAAAUCGCGAGCGGCACAAGGAACCUGCGCACCCUGGGAAGACCGCCGCGGAGCUGCGCUGGCGCACGUGCCCUUGUCCCGAGAUCCAAGACACGGUGCCGAUUGCUCGGGUCCCGUCCUCCAACCUCGCACUCGAAAGAGUCCAAGACUCUCCGCUAGCACCAUCCCAUCCCAUCCCAUCCACCAUCUCCGACAGCUACCAUACAAAAAAAACACUCUAUGAUACAGCACGCAUCGCGUCGCACCAGGCACUUCUUCUUCUCGGACGUCGCUCACGACGCCCUGAGCGCCUUGACCCACUCCUUCGCGCCCUUGUCCAGCAUCUUCUCCAGGUCCUCAGCCACCAGCCGCCGGUCGGUCUCCACGCCGCUCAGGUCCCCGCCCAGCUGCUCCCCCAGCACCUCCAGCACCAGCGCCGCCAGCUCCCCGCCGCGCUUCGCCACGACCACGACGGCAGGAGCGGGCGUCGACGGCCCCGGCCCCGGCUCGCCAGCGCGCUUGCUGUCAGCGUCGACCUCGAGAUUGCCCUUCGCGGUGUCGGCGGCGGCGGCGGCGGCGGCUCUGUGCCGCGGCGCGGGCACGAGCCCGCGCGGCGCGCGGUUCCAGCAGACCUCGUGCAGGCGGUAGGACACGGGGUCGAGGCGGGCGUCGGGGACGAAGGCGAGCGGGAUGGUGGAGGAGGUGACGCCGUUGGUGAUGGCUGCCGCGCGGGCGGCGCCGGUCCAGGAGGAGGCGGCCCAGACUGCGUUGAUCUCGAACGCUGGGUGUGGGUUAGCGCGUGUCCCGUCGACGGGAAGGGAAGGGGAGAGAGGGGGAGGGGGAGUGAUGGGAGGGAGGGGGGGAAGGGGGACGUACGUCCUGUGACGAAUGUGAGGACGUCGAAGGCGAGGACGAACGGGAGGAGGCCGGUGGCGAUGACGCCUUGCUUGAUGGCGCCGGACUUGGCGGCUUUGAGGAGCGCGUUGAAGCGCUGCUGGAGGUCAUCCGCGGGGAAGUUCGACGGGUAG